AUGUCUGGUGAAUCAGGAUUUAAAAAUAAAUCAAUCUCAGAAAUAGUUAAAGAAAUUUAUGAAAAUAUCGAUGGAAUGACAAUGAGUGGUAAAAAAGAUGGAAAUUCAAACAUUGGUGGUUUCAUUGCAACAAGACAUAAGGAAUGGUAUGAUAAAGCAAGUAUUGUUAAUAUCAUUUAUGAAGGAUAUGUAACAUAUGGUGGUAUGACAGGUAGAGAUAUGGGUGCAAUGGCUCAAGGUUUAAAUGAAUCAAUGGAUUUUGAAUAUUUAAAAUCAAGAUGUAAACAAGUUGAAUAUCUUGCAAAUAAACUUGAUAAAUAUGGUGUUCCAUUUCAAAGACCAUUUGGAGAACAUGCGUUAUUCAUUGAUGCAAAGAAAAUACUUGGUCAUAUUCCAAUUGAUGAUUUAAUUGCUCAAACAUUAGCUAUUGAAAUUUAUUUAGAAGGAGGUGUAGGAAGUGUUGAAAUUGGCACCCUUUUAGCCGAUAGAGAUCCAAUUACUCAAGAAAACUGA